CGCGCCCCGGGCACACGACCGAGCGGAGCGGCGCGGCCAGCCCCGCGGCGGCGGCCUUCCCGGCCUCGGCGGUGCGCGUGUCCAUGUUCUCGUACUCGAGAGAGGACUGAGAGAUGCGUCCCUAAGUGGCCUGGAGAGUGCGGGCCUCUUGGUCAAGACGUCGAGGAAAAAAAUCGGAUGGCAUCUCACAUAUGAAUGGUCGUAAAAUGGGGAAUGGUUUUUAUCUUUCUCCUUGUGGCUUUAAGUAUGUUUUAAACCUACAGUGAAUAUUUUGUCUUUUAAAACAUUAUUUAAAAAUCAUUUCUACCUGUUUCGGAGGCGGGGUGGCUUAUGCAAUGGUACAGAGUGGGGGCAGGGGAUGCAAAAUAUAUACACGUAAAAAAAUCAUUGCACACAGAAAACUUCAAGUAUUUGAUGACUGUCUUUUUUGUUCUUUGUUUUUGGUAUCGGGAAUCGAGCUCAGGACCUCGCACUUGCCAGGCAGGCGCUUGUGCCGCUGAGCUAUAUCCCCAGCCUCAAGUAUUUGAAAACAGGCAUAUUUUGAACUCUUAGAAAUAAGUUUUAAAAAAUAGGUGGAUAGGUUUUUUGUAAUGCAUUAACAAUCUCUCUCACAAACCUAAUGUGCAUUUUCAAACUUCUUGAAAUUUUUCAAGACCAGGUGAGGCAGAUACUACCAAGCUGUGGUUUUACUAUGUCUUUCAGAAAGCAGGGGGUGGGGAUGCCGGCCUAGAGCAGAUCAAUGCUCCCCCGGAAGAAAACAGCAAUGAAUUUACUUUCUCUUGAUUGCAUAACUUAAUACUCGCAGGAUUUCCGUGUAACUUUAUAUGUUCAAGUAUUCUUUGAGAUAAGUGAAGCCUAAAUUAAUUACUUGUAAUCGAAGCAAGCUUAUUCAAUUUGAAUUAAAUCUUUCCACCUGUUAAGUGAGACUUAUGCAAAAUGAUCUGACCCUGAAAACAAGCCUGGGAGAAAUUUCCAAAGAACCUAACACCGGAGAGGCAGAGACACCUGGAAUGAUAUUUCUGUCAAAGGAGAUGAGAUUGUAAAGUUAACAAUUCAGGUUGCUUAUUAAAACUACUAGUGCGGACCAAAGUCCUUUCUGAACAACAUAGUUAAUACCCUCGAGUUUGUAAAGCAUUUUGUGUUUCCUUGUUAAGCAAAGAGUUUCCAAGGCUUCAGAUUGAAUGAAAUAACCAUUACUUUUACAAAACUACAAUUUGCUGGGAGUGAUCUUAUUUCAGGCAGCUCGGGGUACAUAUUUCUGGAGGGAGGAGAGCAAUAUGCUAAGAGUCUAAACAUGUUAAAGAAAGAAAAAAUAAGCACUAAAGGAAAGCUGUUUGGCUUUGAUGGUUCAGGACGAGAAAAGAGGACACCUGUCUCAGACCACCCAGAAGUGCGGCUGGCUUUCUGUUAGUGCCCACCCCCUUUGCCUUGUCCUCUAAAUGUGCGCAUCGGGCUGUGGGAUUACUGGUACUCUAUGUUAUGAAGUGCCAGAGGAGUGGGAAAUUGGAGGUGCUGUUUUUUCUUUCCUUUUUCAGUGCCAGGGGAGCCCAUUUACUGCCAGGCUCACUUAGCUGUUAUCCCUCCGCCCCCCGAGUUGGUUUCACAUUCUACUGACCCUUGGUGCAUUUUCAUUAAGGUCCGUAGUCAUUGCCCUCUUUAAAAAGACAGCCCUCCGUGUGUGUUUGAGGUGUGUCACAAUUGUGAUAGCUGGUUCCAGAGUCUCACAAAAACAGGCAUCUUCCAGGAAGGCUUGACUGCACAAAGUUUAAGGAAUGGAGCUGCAUUGAUUCAUUGUUCCACAUUUUCUUGCGGUAAUCUGUGAAGCUGCAAGACCCGAGAAAGUACCAACUAUUUCAAAAUCCUCCACCUCUUCCAGGCUUCUUCCUCUCGCUACCACUUCCUCUCCCUUAUACUCCAUGCUGAAGCCAGUAAAUGUUCAUACUCCUUCGGAAUUUGUUCAGCAUAGAGGGUAGCAAGCUUGCAAAGAUGCCCCCGCCCCGCGCAUCCUGAGCCCGUGCAUAGUCCCCUCACGCUGAGUCCAGGCUGGCCCUGAGACUUGAAUGCGUGGGAGGACAGAAGUGCCACGAUGCCAGAUUUCAACCUAAACCUGAAAAAGUCCUGACGGCUUUCAGUUGCAUAAUCUUGGAAGUCAGCUAUUAUGUUGGAAGUCUGACUACCUUGAGAGAAAAGCCAUAUACGAUGAAACUUAAGUGGAGAGAGGGGCUAUGUGAACCCGGACACCAGAUGUGCAAGUGAAGAGACCACCUUGGACCGUCAAGCCGCAGAGGACUUCAGCCCCAGCUGCCAUCAGUCUGCAAGCUCAGAAGAGACACUGGAAACAAGACAGUGUAAAACUACCUAGCAAAGCCCAGUCGCCCAAAGAACUGUGAAGGAUCAUGAUUAAUAAAUUAUAAUUUGGGGUGGUUUGUUUUACAG